CAAAUGAAUCACCCUAAUGUGAUGGUUACUUUUAACUACACGUGACCGAGUUCGAAUUUGAGAACUUCUUCCAUGGCAUUUCGCGCACUUGGCCACUCCAACACCACACUCAUCAAGUCAUGCCGCACCAUCAUAUUCACACACUCUUCCUCCUUUUCUUCCGCGUGCCUGCGGAGAAGCUCUUCUCCGCCGCCGCCGCCGCCGCAAGCUCCGCCGUCUCCGAAGAAGGUGCCAUUCACGGUGUCGGUUCACGGUAAGACGUGGCAGGACCCAUAUCACUGGAUGUCCAACAGCGACGACCCGAAUCUGUUAAAGCAUCUCAACCGCGAAAACGUCUACGCCGAUGGCUUCAUGGCUGACACUCUCAAACUCCGUUCUGUUCUGUCCUCUGAGAUGAAAGCACGGUUACCGCCCACCGUUUCCACUCCCCCUGAACGUUGGGGACCCUGGAUGUAUUACCAGUAUAUUCCAGAGGGAAAGGAAUAUCCUGUACUUUGUAGGAGGCUGGAAAUGAAGAAAACUGGUUGGCUGAAGAAUUUUGUUUUUCACUAUGGAAUGACAAGAUCAAAAAGGGAGGAGAUUUUACUUGACUGGAAUGAACUUGCAGAGAAAUAUGGGUAUGUCAAUGUUGGAACAUGCAGAGUUUCACCUGACCACAACUACCUAGCAUACACACUUGAUAUUUCUGGUGGGGAACGAUACACACUUCAGGUAAAAGACCUCAGAAGUGGAUUAAUAGACCCAAAAUCAAAAGUUGAUGGUGCUGUUAGUUUGGCAUGGGCUCAAGAUGCAAGCUCUCUGUUUUAUACUCAAUCAGAUGAAAAUCAGCGACCUUACAGGGUUCUCUGCAGAAAACUUGGAUAUGACCAUCUGGAUGAAUUUCCAGUAUUUACUGAAAAUGAUUCCAGUUUUUGUGUGGACAUAACAAGCACGAAAGAUGGGAAAUUCAUAACAGUGAAUUCAAACUCAAGAACUUCAUCCGAGGUUUAUGUUAUAGAUUCUGUCAAUCCAUCAAAUGGUUUACAGAAGUUAUGUAAUCGUACUUCCGGUGUACAGUACUUUUUGGAACACCACUCUGGUUUAUUUUAUAUUCUUACCAAUGCUCCUACUCCUGAAUCCCAGUGGUCUGGUCAAGGUUAUUACCUGGUUAGAUGCCGGGUUGAAGAUAUAGAGUCAGCUAAAUUGCAGAAUAUCAUCCUUCCAGACAAUGACAUGGACAUAUGUGAUAUGGACAUUUUUAAUGGAUAUUUGGUUCUUUUCUUCAAUAAGAAAGGUCUUCCCCGGCUAUGCUCAUUGAACUUUCCUUUGCAAGUUGAUUCGAAGCAUCAAUCAUAUAUUCAAGACCUGAAGCCAUGGUACUUUCCUCUGCCAUCAAAUACAUGCAGCGUCAGUCCAGGUUCAAAUCAUGACUUCCUCAGUAUGGUUUACCGUGUGGUUCUUUCAUCACCCGUGAUGCCGGAUUUAGUUGUUGACUAUGACAUGUCAAAACAUACAUACUCUAUUGUGCAUCAAGAGGAAGUGAACUGUGAUUCUGUUGGUUGGUCGUCCAUCCCAACUUUUGAGCUAAAUAAGAGUACAAUUCACGAGGCAUGUAGUGAUAAGAAAGAAUGUGCCACGAAUUUUAAUUCACAGAGAUGGAAGGACUUUUCUCAAAUAUACUGUUGUCAGAGGGAGGAAGUUAUUUCCAAUGAUGGCGUAAUGGUUCCACUAACUAUUGUGUACUCUAGAGAAUCCUGGAAGAAGGGUCAAUCCCCUGGACUCUUAGUAGGCUAUGGAGCGUACGGAGAAGAUCUGGAUAAGAGCUGGUGUUCAGAUCGCCUGAGUAUACUGGACCGUGGUUGGGUACUGGCAUUUGCUGAUGUAAGAGGUGGUGGUGGUGGAGGUCCUUCAUGGCAUAAAUCUGGGAGUGGAUUAAACAAACAGAAUUCAAUAUUUGAUUUUGUAUCCUGUGGCAACUACUUAGUUAAUAAGGGUUAUGUUCAGAGUGAUCUGCUUUGUGCUAUUGGGUGGAGUGCAGGCGGCCUUCUGGUUGGUGCAGCUGUGAAUAUGUGUCCCCAACUCUUUCGUGCUGUUAUAUUAAAAGUACCAUUUCUUGAUAUAUGCAACACAUUGUUGGAUCCCACUCUACCCCUCACACUUUUGGACUAUGAAGAAUUCGGAAAUCCUCAGCUACAAUCAAAUCUGGAUUCUAUUCUUAGUUAUUCUCCUUAUGACAACAUUCCUCCAAACAGUUGUUUUCCUUCAGUUUUGGUUACGGCAGCAGUUAAUGAUUCAAGGGUUGGAGUUUGGGAAGGUGCAAAAUGGGUUGCUAAAGUACGAGAUAGUACCUGCCCUCGUUGUUCUCUUAGUGUCAUCAUGAAAACAAGUAUGAUAGGAGGGCAUUUUGGCGAAGGUGGUCACUAUGCUCAAUGUGACGAAACUGCAUAUGAGUAUGCUUUCCUCAUGAAAGCUCUUGGAAUUUCAAUAGAAUGAGUAUAAUUUAUUAGGUCAUCGGUUCGGACCAUGUCAGUGAAAUUCCUUUGGGUCAACGAAAAUUUUGUCCUUGUUUUAUUUUUUUUUUUUCGACAAAUGUUUGUUGUUAGUUUUGUUAGUGGGGAAGUUGAACUCAUAACCUCUUUUACCUUCUUUUUCAAAUCUUUCAAACCAACUUUAUAUCUCUCAAAUGUUAGUGAAGAAAUUGAACCCACAUCCUCUUCCACCCUUCUUUCCAACUUUUACUAGGUCAACCUUAGUAUUAUACCCAGGCUCCAUAGACACAGAUAAGUUUGAGCAUCUAUUAUUAUCUAUGUAGGCAUAUCAAUGAACUGUCUAGUAUCUUCUUUCAGAGUAGGUAUCUCCAAUUCACAAUGCUUUACAUUGCAUAAUUGUUUCUUGAUUCCUGUUAUGUUUUCCAUGGCUUAUCCACACAGAAGAAAAGCAACUCAAUGCAUGCUGACUUUGCUAGCCUCUAAUAUUAACUGCUAGUUGUAUCAACUUAUCCUCCUAUUACAUAGGACAUUUAACAUCUGGGCAAUGAAAAUAUGAUGUGGGAUUUUAAAUUUGUUGUAUAGAAGCUUCCUAUCGUUAUGCUAUCAGUAGAAUCUUGCUCCCUGUCCACUUGUGGAGAUUGAAACUCUGUAGUUCACAAAAUUCUUUAUUGGAAACGCAAUUAAUGCCAGCGAGAGUUAACUGGUAAUUAGCACUUUUCGACCUGCUAUUAUGAUUUUGGCGAUGAGUCACGCUGUUGGAGUCGUGGAUUCAUGGUGCAGAAGCCAAAAGCCUAGCUUCUGUUAUAUACUAAAAGAACUUAAUUGGAUUUAUGGAUAGAGCUAUCACGGGUUGGCUUAGCACAAUUUGGAUUAGAAAGGAAUAAGCUAAGUUCAACUUAUUUUUUGUAAGUGAGAGAUUUUGUAAUUCAACUCAAUUCAUUGU